UUAAAAUUGACAAGGAUGAGUAUUUCUGAACAAGGUUCUUCCACCAUAACCAGCAAACAAGAGAUUAAAAAUGGCACAAAAGUUGCAAAUCCUGACAUAGUCCUCGAUUCUUUUGAUUUUCGAAUUAACCCAGUGAUUAUUCGUACUAAUAGACACACACAAAACAUGUGAAAUAAAAGUGGGAGAAAUAAAUUUCAGUCGAAAUCUAUCUCGAAAUCGAGGUCAAAAUCCAAAUAAGAAAAUAUUUAAAAGCGGAGGACAUUUUAAACUUCAAGGAAGAGUCAUUAACGAAGAUCAGUACUUUGAUGAAGCAUACAAGACCAAUAUUCUUCUUGCAAGAAGACUUCGAGCUAUAGAUACCAGAAAGCCUAAAAUCCCUUUCAAGAGAAAACCAGUCAAGAUUAAUUCCUUGUUAAGAAAAAGGAGUGUCAUAAAGGUAUCAAAACCCAGCAAAUCUCUUAAGAACAUAAAAAAAUUACAGAGUGCUCGGCAUAGCAGAAGGAUGAUUGCUAAACUAACUGUGUAUCCUAGUGAGCCAGCACUUAAUAAACAAGUGAACAUUGAAAAACAGAACCAGACUAUUAACUUCUUUCCAAAAUGAGACAGCAAUAAUCUGCAACCGAAUUAUUUGAAGACCUUCGAACGGAACACUUUAAGCACAUCUAGGAAAGGAAGCGGGAGGUUUUACCUUCCCAAAUCCUCAGGUGCCUCAGAGAACACUUCUCAGACAAUGGACACAAAGAUCCGCAAGAGAGAGGGAAGUUCUAACUCUCGGCCUGAAAAGUUGACCAAAAAGAGAUUAUUCAACUAUAGGUUCUUCAGGAAGCAGAAUAAAUCACUUGAUUAUUCUAUACAGUUAAAGUCCCUGCAGAAGACAGUCCAGCAUCUCAGAGAGGCUAAUAAAGUUGACAUGUAGCCUAGUUUUGUUAAGAAUUUAGUUUUUAAUAAAAGAAUUUUAGCAAGAUUUUCCAUCACAAAAUCAUAAGCUUCUUUUAAAAAUAUUGAAAGCGAGAAGGAAUGCACAUUUUGGAGAUUUUUGGAAGAAACAGCUGGGUUUAGAGCCUAUUUUAAGUGCUAGGAAAGGUCUGAUAUG